AGUUUUGUAUAUAUACGAUUAAAAUUUAAAUAAGGAUUCACCUUAAGCUUGACGUAAAUGCACUUUGGACACAUCCAUUGUUAUACAUUACCCGGCUCACUACAUUACCUCUCAUUUGGCCCAGUGUCCACAACUGAUUCCCACCUAAAAUAUGAAAUUUCAUAUAUGUUCAUACAUAUGUUAUAUUUAAGUUUUGCUAAACUGAGGCUUUCUGCUUGACUUACCCGAGGCAGCCAUUGUCAAGUUCUUGUUUGUUUACUGAAUUAUGCAAAUAUCGUAAUGUGGUGUGUGCGUUUCAUUAGGCUAAUGACUAAGCAAAUACUGCCGAUUUGCAGUUUGCGAUGAUAGGACCUAUCGGAGGUUUUCAAUUACAUUUCGAGUUAAAAUCAAUUUACGGGUCAAUCGAAGCAGUCAUUAAAUGCCAGCCGUAUAAAAGCCGGAGUCUUGGAAAAUGGAAUCAAAAGGCUGUCGAGAUGUUGCUCCAACCGCUGGUGACGAAUUUGAGUCAAAUGCUUCGGCUUAUAGUCGGUCAAUACUUUGCUGGACUUCCAUCGGUUUUGAUUGUCUACAAUAACUCGGAGUCUACAACUCCCCUUCAACUGGAAUAUUUAAGUGCUUUGGAAUUAGUUCUUCGUGAAUUGAGUCAGCCAAUUAGGCUUCAAUGGAUUAAUGUGGCAUUCUUAAGGGAUUUGAAGGAUCUGGAGGAUCAAGUUAUGGCCGCUUUAAAUAGCAGCGUCACAGAGGGAUUUAUAACGAUCUUAUCGCAGACCCACCACUUCAUUCACGCUCGAUACUACGCCACUCGCAAUGCAAAUAUGCGACUCAAGGACAAGCGAUAUCUGUUUCUGUGCGAGGACGAAAGCCCUGCGCAAUUGCUCCGCAUGGAUAUACUGCAGUUUUACCCUCACCAUCUGAUGGUCCGACCUGGAACGGCAGCACCAACAGGACCCCAACCAAACCCCAGGCGCAGGGGAGACGCAUCGGUAAACACGAGAAACAAGGACGAAGAAGGUGAAUGUGGAGGAGGAGCAGGGACUAAAACCACUUCGCCCUACCGCGACAUCAAUUUCGAGCUGUGGACACAAAAGUUUGUUGGUGCCGUUGGUAAUUUGGAUGCCCUGCUCCUGGACGCAUUCUUGCCUAACGAAACUUUUGCCAACCGGGUCGAACUUUAUCCCAACAAACUGCUCAAUCUGCAGCGCCGCAGUCUGCUCGUUGGCUCCAUUACUUAUGUCCCAUAUACGAUUACUAAUUAUGUGCCCGCUGGCCAGGGCGACGUGGAUCCCAUCCAUCCGCAAAAGGCCAAUCGUUCGCUCACCUUCGACGGCGCAGAGGCCAAUGUGAUGAAGACCUUCUGCCAGGUGCACAAUUGUCAUCUGAGGGUCGAGGCAUAUGGAGCUGACAACUGGGGAGGAAUUUACGACAAUGAGUCGAGCGAUGGCAUGCUGGGGGAUAUCUAUGAACAGCGCGUGGAGAUGGCCAUUGGAUGCAUCUACAAUUGGUAUGAUGGAAUCACGGAAACCUCGCACCCCAUAGCCCGAUCUUCGGUGACUAUCCUGGGUCCUGCUCCAGCCCCUCUACCCAGCUGGCGAACUAAUAUUAUGCCCUUUAAUAAUCGGACUUGGCUGGUGCUAAUCUCUACCUUAGUGAUUUGCGGCACCUGUUUAUAUUUGAUGAAGUAUGUCAGUUAUCGCCUACGGUUGUCUGGGACUCAGGUUAACUUCCAACAUAGCCAAAAGUUCGAGAAAUCCAUGCUGGAUAUAUUUGCUCUAUUUAUUCAGCAGCCAUCUGCUCCUAUGAGCUUUGAUCGUUUUGCACCACGAUUUUUCUUGGCCACAAUUUUAUGUGCCACAAUUACUUUGGAGAACAUUUACAGUGGUCAACUCAAGUCGAUGCUGACCUUUCCCUUCUACUCCGCCCCUGUUGAUACGAUUGAGAAAUGGGCUCAGUCGGAGUGGAAGUGGUCAGCUCCAUCCAUUAUCUGGGUGCACACGGUUCAGAGUUCCGAUCUGGAAACAGAGCAGAUUCUGGCACGGAAUUUUGAGGUGCACGACUACAGCUACUUGUCGAAUGUCAGUUUUAUGCCAAAUUAUGGACUCGGGAUUGAGCGAUUGUCUUCGGGAUCUCUUUCCGUUGGCGACUAUGUGUCCACAGAGGCGUUGGAAAACCGUAUUGUUUUGCAUGAUGAUCUGUAUUUUGAUUAUACGCGGGCUGUUUCGAUAAGAGGUUGGAUCUUAAUGCCAGAAUUGAACAAACAUAUAAGGACCUGUCAGGAAACUGGACUAUACUUUCACUGGGAACUUGAGUUCAUUGACAAGUACAUGGACAAGAAGAAGCAAGAAGUGCUGAUGGACCUGGCAAAUGGGCACAAGGUCAAGGGAGCUCCCCAGGCAUUGGAUGUGCACAACAUCGCCGGCGCCUUGUUCGUCCUGGCCUUUGGCGUCGCCUUUGCGGGCUGUGCGCUGGUGGUAGAGUUACUGAUCCACAGAAUGGGUAUAAGCAAAUAAUUUGGCCAUUAAAAUGAUGCCCGUUUGCGCAGCGAGUGGAGAGGGAAUCACUUCAUCCUUGGGUUGCAGCGCACGUGUCGCAGCAAACAUCAAAAUCGCAUGCUGCACGACACGCGAAACCCACAAAAACCCCGUAUGCCAGCGAUCUAAAGUGUGGGGUACACUGGCGGAAAUCGGAUAAAAAAUUAUAGAAUUAAAUGUGUUUAAUUUAAAUACAAGUAUGGAAUUAUAAUCACAUUGACUUAUUUUAGUUAUUCGUAAAGCAAUUACUCCUUUUUGUAAUUAGAUUGAACACAACGAUACCUAUUAAAGUACUUUCUUGGCUUAGUAUUUUUACUAGUUGCUAUGCAGCGUUUAUCCACUUUUUACAAUAAUUUAAAUACAGACACUAUUAAUCAUUAGUAUCUUUUUUAAGAUGAGUAACUGCAGUUUUCUUUUAACAUUUAUUUU